GUUGCGGAGGGAGUUAUACUCGAUCCGACAGUAUUCGGUAUCAUAAUAAACGUCGGAUAAAGCAGUAUGCGGAUCGAUAAUGUGGUUUACGGAUCGAUUAAAAAAAUGGCAUUACCAACAACGCAUUCAAUUCGCGUUUCAAACAAAUUUACUCGUUUCUCAUCCGCAGGUCAUUGCGUUGCGGAUAUUAUUAUAAUAAAGAUGGAGAGCAAUAAAAUGAAACGCACAACCACCAGAGAGCAAUUUAAAGGUUUAAUAUCUCGUAUGAAGGAGCGUCCCGAUAUUGCAAAAAAUUUUACCAGAAGUGCUCUUAACGAGGUAGAGCAAUUUUGGGAGAGUGUGCGUGAGGAACUGAAUUCAUUAGGGCCCCCAUCGAAGAGUAUUUCAGAAUGGAAAAAGGUUUGGUCAGAUUUUAAAUCAGCAGUAAAGAAAAAGUUGGCGCACAAUAAAAGGGAAUUACAAGCAACUGGUGGAGGCGAAAAUAGGGAACUACCUUUAUCGUUAUAAUAAAGGUACGAAUUGUCUCCAGCAGGUUUCAAAAUUUGUAUGUGGGUGCCAUCUACGCAUAUAACUAUGCCGGGAAUUCUUGUUUUUCCAAAAAAAUAUCUUUUGGCUUCAAGCUCUUCAGUCUCGGUCAUUGCCAAGCUUAUCCAUUUGGGGCAUAGUGUUGCCUCUAAAAUAUUUAAACCUUCUGACAGUACUAUGGACACUGUGGACUGCGCCAUGCCAAUAUUAAAAUCUUGCCCAGUACCAU